AUGGCGAUGUGCAUGCCCAUGGUCAUUCUGGAGAAAGAGCAGGAGCAGAUUGAUUUGUCAGAGAUGCCGUGCCAGACUGAGGGAGAGCUGUUCCCAGCGCGAGAGCAGGAAGAGCAGCUUGGGCAGCACGUGGAAGAGCCACUGGAGAAUGGCCAGAUCAUCAAGGCAGAGCCACAGGCAGAGCUGCCUGAAGCUCAGAGUGCCAUCGUGGCAGUGAAGAGGAGGCACCAGGAAGUCAUAAGGAGCAUCGAAGAGGAGAUGUGGCUUCAUCAGCAGAGAGGAGAUCAGAUCUACUCAGGCUCUUCUAUUGAAUCUGCUGCAGCAGCAGCAGCAGCAGCAGUGUCAUCUAAAGAAGCCUUUGUUCCCCAGCCAGAGAAGUGGAGCCUGGGCAGAUCAUCCAUCUCCAGCACUGACACAGAUGCUGCUCAGCUACAGGACUACUACAUGGAGCUACUGAGGAGAAUGGUGAACGUGGAAAAUCCCAUACAAAAAUACAUUGAACUGGAAAUUCUUGGCAGCGGGGCUUUUGGAGAAGUUUCUAGAGCACUUGACAUUGCCACAGGAGGAGAGGUGGCCAUAAAGAAAAUAAAUCUUCAAGGACUGAGGAGGAAGCAAUUAACUGUUAAUGAAAUCAUGAUCAUGGAGAGUAAUAGGAGUCCCAGUGUUGUGAAUUAUUUAGACAGCUACCUUGUGCAUGAGGAACUCUGGCUGGUGAUGGAGUACAUGGACGGAGACACUCUGAGUGAUGUCAUCAGCAAGACUUACAUGUCUGAAGGAGAGAUUGCAGCUGUCAGUCGUGAGUGCCUGCAAGGACUGGAUUUUCUUCAUUCCAACCAUGUGAUCCAUCGAGAUGUGAAGAGCUGCAACAUCCUUCUCAGAACCGAUGGCUUUGUCAAGCUGGCUGAUUUUGGCCUUUCUGCUCAGCUCACCCCUGAGCAAAGUCAUUGUUGCUCGGUGGCCAGGACUCCUUGGUGGAUGGCACCUGAAGUGGUGCUGUGUCAACCAUAUGGCCCCAAAGUGGACAUAUGGUCUUUUGGAAUUGUGGGAAUUGAAAUGGUAGAACGACAAGUUCCUCAUGACAGUAGAAGUUCUGUCUCGGUUCAACUCCUGAUAGCCGAAGGAGGAACCCCACAGCUGCGGCAGCCCAAACUCCUCUCAGCUUUGCUGCGUGACUUCCUGAGCUGCUGCCUGCAGACAGACGAGGCGCGGCGCUGGUCUGCCGAGGAGCUCCUGCAGCAUCAAUUUUUAACAUCGGCCAAGCCUGGGUGCAGCCUUGUGCCACUCAUCCUUUCAGUGAAACAGUGGAAGGAGAGAAGGAUAAUGUUCUAA